AUGACGGAGCUCUGCACGGUAAAGACCAGCGAGGUCUUUGAUGCCAGCUCUGCAGCAAUCGCCUUCUUUUUUCCCCCCUCUCUCGCUCCGCCCCCUCCGCCCCGGCGCCCACGUUCCGCUCCAUAUUGGGACCUUUCCGAAGCUGUACCACAAGAGCGGGCCGAGCACAAUUCCUCAAUGCGCUGGACCAACCGGUGCGGUGAGAAGCCAGUGGUAGCCGAUGUCUUGCACAAGGCGUCCACAGUCCCCACUCCUGAAGAUCCGAGCCCGUGGCGCGAGGAACCAGAUGCCACCUGGGCGGGUGAUGCUCCCAGAGAAGCACUCGACGAGAUGUCGGAGGCACCAAUGGGGGAGCCUACUGCAAACUUCGCGAUCUAUGGAUCGAUACCUGGCAUUCCAGAGUCCUUCACUCUGUCCGAGUUCCUCGAGAAGGAGCCACCUUUUUCGCCGGCCUCUACACUAUCCUACAGCCGACAAGUGCCUGUCUCGCCCGCCUCGACUGUCUACUGCUAUGACAGACAGGUGCCUGUCUCACCUGCAUCGACUACCUUACUCUACGGCACAGGGUACAACAGCGGCCAUCAGGAACCACCUUCCCCUGCUUCCACUGUCCCGGCUUUCGAGGACAAUCCUGGCUAUAUGCCGGCUCAUCCAACUUGGCGGCACUUCUCCCAAAGCCGCAGCCGAAAUGAAAUCAGCAGAAACCGUGGUGAAGACUGUUCGUCUGUUUGGUGCGGACUCUUUAAUAGCUGUUGCUCCGGCUCCGACUCAGCGCCAGAGUCCUGCAGCCGCUGCCAGCACGCGCUCGGAUCUUCCUUCGAUUAUCGCUGCCCGAACUGCUCCAAAGCUGUCUGUGUGGAGUGCUUUGAGAAUCUCAGUGGCGAGACUUUGCGAUGCACCUGCGAAGGUGAAGCAGCAAAUGGCGCAAUGAGUGACUGCAAGUUGUGGAUGCUCGGGGCGUGGAAGUCCGCCGUGGAUGCGUUUGAUGUCAUCUACACAAAUCUUGCCGGUGCAACUGAAACCCCAGCAAUGCCGCAGGCCUGGACGAGAAAAGAGACACCUUCACCCACGCAGCCGCAAACACUAUCAUUGCCAUCUAUGUUGGGCCAUCGACGUCGUGUCUCUCAAGCCACAGACGUGCACAAGACCUACUUGCCAGGGGAGAUGCCCUGCAGCCCAGAAGUCCGAUGA